AUGGAGUGUUCCCGGAGUGCAAAGGACGAAUGCAAGUCAUGUAUCUUCCCAGUACUCGAUAGUGACACGUCAAAUGAGCCGCACGCCGUGUCGCAGGAUAUCGCUAUCUACAGCCUGCAAACGGUCAGAGCUUUCUGCGACAGUAAUGGGAGCGACAUGACUUCUCUACUCAUCGCUGCGUGGUCUAUUGUUCUCCACCGAUUUUCCGAAUCGGAUGUGCUUUACUUCGGUCUUUAUUUGGACGGUGCGACAAUUGGCAUGACCACUUGUGUUCCUGACAGCGUGCAAUUGCUUGCGGUGACAGUGAACCCCGACUCCCCCAUCAGAGAGUUACUUCAAUGCAACAGCAGUGUACAUGCUCCGGGUCUUGAUGCGAGCCGCGUUCAAUUCAACACCGGUGUUGAAUUUCGAAAGAACAAUACGGAGAGCCCACUGCAGCUGAAACUUGAUGAAAAAGUCAGCGUUAUAGAUGGUGAGGCCCAGCGGUAUGACGUGUUGCUUAUCAUGGAAUUAUGUGGCGAGAAGGUACAUAUGCAGCUAGAAUACAACACUUCAGCCCUCUCCCACAGGCAGGGAAGAAGCAUAGCGGGCUGUGUGGCAGAGGCCAUUCAGUGCUUUUUCCGGGAUCCAAGUCAAAUAGUACGGAACGUCGACUUGGUCGAUCAGCAGAGUCGGCAUGACAUAUUGAAAUGGAACAGUCGAAACAUGGCCACUUCCUAUCAUCGCUCAAUGACGGAAAUAAUCGAUGGAAGGUCGCGUGCUCAGCCGGACGCACAGGCUAUUUGCUCCUGGGACGGCCAGAUGACAUACUCUCAGCUGGAGAAGUUUUCCACCAAAUUGGCAGUGCAUCUGCAAAAAAUGGGAAUUAAAGUUGAUGUGAUGGUGCCUCUUUGCUUCGAGAAAUCUAUUUGGGCGAUUGUCGCAACACUGGCUGUGCUAAAGGCGGGAGCAGCAUUUGUUCCAAUGGAAGCCUCCUACCCGGUGGCGCGUCUGCAACAAAUCAUUUCGCAGACGCAUGCGACAUUUAUCUUAGUAUCGGAACAAUACACAACGUUGCUUACAGGGGCCGCAGACCACAUAAUCACAGUCUCUGGUUUCCUCAUGGGGCAACUGCAGGAUACCGGCCCACUUGCACAUACCCACGCGCAACCGCACCAUACAGCAUAUGUGCAAUUUACAUCGGGCAGCACUGGGAGCCCGAAAGGAUGUGUAGUCAAGCAUCAGGCAUUAGCCGCCAUCGCAAGUCACGGAAAGGCAUUGCAGAUCAGCUCUGAGUGUCGGGUGCUACAAUUUGCGUCGUAUAGCUUCGGCGUUUCUUUGGUCGAAAUAUUCUGCACACUGAUUGUGGGAGGGGUGGUUUGCAUUCCUUCCGAAACUGAGCGUAUCAAUGACCCUUCGGGAGCAAUGUGUCGGAUGUCAGUCGACUGGGCUGUACUGACUCCUUCCGUAGUCAAUUUCCUCAAUCCUAACAGUGUGCCCACGCUUAGAACGUUGGCGAUUGCCGGCGAGCCUUUGAACAAGCGCAUUGUCGAGAGUUGGGCGGGAAUUGUCCGUCUAGUGUCGGUGUAUGGAAUGACUGAAUGGGCUGGAAUAUGUACAGUCCAGCCGCAGAUGACACGGACCAUGAACGUCAAGAACAUCGGCUCAUCGCCCAGUGCAAACCUCUGGCUGGUCAAUCCUGACAAUUAUGAACUGCUCGCUCCAAUCGGAGCAAUUGCUGAGCUGCUCAUCGAAGGCCCCUGUCUGGCACGGGGUUACCUUGGUGAUGCAGAGCGAACAGCUACAGCGUUCAUCAAGGAUCCGCCGUGGCUGCAUUCUUCCCGACAUAACUGGCCGUCUACACUCUAUCGUACAGGUGACCUCGUUCGGUAUGGUCCUGACGGGACUAUUAACUACGUCGAACGCAAGGGUCUGCAGACCAAGAUCCGAGGCCAGCGGAUUGAGUUCGGAGAGGUGGAAUACCACGUUCGCCGCCACUUCCACGAUGCCGCCAAGGUCAUUGCCGAGGUGGUGAUUCCAGCGGGAGGGGCUGGGUGUCAAACCUUGGUGGCGUUCAUUGAUUCUAGAGAAGGGAAAGCCCGCGAGCGUCAGCAGACUCUCAAAGAUUCUGACUCUGGUCUAAUCCUCGAUGAUUCUGAUCAGGCAUUCCGACAAUAUGCUGCGAUGACUGAUUCAGCCAUCCGUAGUCUCUUACCUGAUUAUAUGGUCCCGCAGGCAUAUAUCCCCCUGAAAUAUGUGCCGUUGACAGUAUCCGGUAAAGUUAGCCGCCGCACGCUGAGGGAAGCUGCAGGUAGACUGUCGUAUGAAGAUUUGAUCUCAUUUACCGACACCAGGAUCAAGAAAGUGAAACCAGGCUCGGGUAUUGAAAAGCUUCUCCAUCACCUGGUCUCACAGACUCUCAGUCUGCGAUCCGAUCGUUUUGGCGUGAAUGAGAGCUUCUUCCGACUCGGAGGCGACUCCAUCAAGGCGAUGCAUUUGGCGGCUCGAUGCCGAGCUAAGAAUAUAUCAAUCACUGUGCAAGAUAUUUUUCGUGAGAAAACCAUAGCCCGUCUUUCCCUGUGCGCAAAGAUGGAUGAGACAAAAACGCCAGAACAGUCCAAUGGUGGUACUGAGACAGCGUUCCUUCUAUCACCAGUCCAGCAGAACAUAAUUUAUGGAGUAUCCAGAGGUCAAAAUCAAUCUAUUCAGACAAUUCGUCUUCAACUGGAGAGGCAUAUUUCUCCUGAGUUCAUGGAGACCACAAUCUACGAGGUUGUCCGUUGUCACCCAAUGCUGCGCGCCCGUUUUGCCCAGGAUCAUAAGGGUUUCUGGACUCAGAGAGUUGUUCAUGAGACUCGAGGAGCAUAUGGGCACAGCAACCGCAUUGUAACCAGCAAGGAAGCCGUGUCUGACAUCAUGGCCUCCGCUCAGCAAGUUCUAGAUAUUGAAAAGGGUCCUAUUUUUGCUGCUUCAUAUAUUCGCGCUGACGGAGGCAGUCAAUUUCUGGCGCUUUCCGCUCAUGAAUUAGUGGUGGACCAAACUUCAUGGAAGAUCAUUCUGGCCGAUAUUGAACACCUUCUGAGCGGAGGCAUGCUGUCAGAUGGACCAAAAGCACAGCAUUUUCGGGAAUGGUGCUGUACGGAGUUGCAAAAAAAUCGUGCUCAUCGCGUUGUUUCCCACCAGGCUAUGUUAUACAAAGUAGCAGAUUCAGCGGUGGACGAUGCCCUGGCCACUCACAGGUCCCGCGCGAAUGAGAUCGACUUCGUGAUACCACCACUUGUUUCGCACUCGAUUCUUACCAAAGCGAGCGGAAUUCUCCGGGUCGAGCCCUUUGAAAUCUUCCAAGCUUUGAUACUCGAUUCCUUCGCACGGACUCUUGAAAGUCGAGAGCUGCCUAUGAUAAUAGCUCAAAUAGAUGGACGCGAGUUGUACCACUGCUCUGGUGGUGAUUACUCAUGGACUGUGGGUCAUUUUAAUACGCUUCUGCAGGUACAAGUGCCCUCUCCCUCUCAUCGGCAGCCGGAUCUUCUAGACCUUCUACGCCAGACGAAGGACAGCUGCCGACAAUGCCACAGCGGAGGGGACACACCGCCUUCGGUCAACCAGGAUGCGGUAUUGAGAAAAAAGCCAAUAAUCCUCUUCACUUUUGCCACAGCUGCACAGCGGUGGGGGGCGCGUGACAGUACUCUGUGGCAGCAGGUGUCUUUCCAGGCUCGAGAGUGGCCAGGAUAUAUACAGAACAUCCUGCCUCCUGCAUUCAUGGCUGUAAAUGUUUCCCUCAUCAAUGAUUUGCUGAAAGUCUCUUUCAGUCGCAGCGACAUACUAUCUGAUACAGAACUUCAGCACUGGGCCCAUGAAUUCGAACAAUCUGUGAACGAGCUUGUGGAACUGCUACAGCAAGGGAACCCUAUUUUCCUUCCCAGAGAUUUUCCGCUGCUUGAAAUAAGCGUCGCUGACCUUGACUACCUCCUGAAUCGCCGCCUGCCAGAAAUCGGUAUUGACCAGAAAGAUCUGGAAACGGCAUAUCCAUGUUCGCCCAUUCAGCAAGGAAUGCUGCUAAGCCAGACACGCCAGCCUCAGUCCUAUCAAUUAUUCUUCAUUUGGGAGGUCACUGCUGCUGGUGACACUCACAAAAUCAAUAUUGAUAGGCUCCAGGCUGCCUGGGUACAGCUGACCUAUCGCCAUUCCGUCCUGAGGUCAAUCUUUGUGGAAGGUGUUUCAAAAUACUCAUUCAUACAGGUGGUAUUGAAUGCUGGCUUAGUGCAAACAGUACUAACAAGAUGUGCUGGUGCUGAUGCGUGUGAUUUCCUCUACGCAAACCGGCUGAUCCGAAAACAGGGCCGAGAGUCGCUGCCACGAUUCACAGUCUGUGAGACGGACAGCGACAGAGUCUUGUGUGCUCUGGAAAUUAGCCACGUGCUGACUGAUGCCACCUCGAUGGCCAUUUUGCAACGUGACCUGACUCUCGCAUACGGCGACCAGCUGCCUAUCGGUGGGAGAGAAAGCUAUGGAGACUACAUCGCAUUUCUGCAAAGUGCAUGUGAAGCUCCUACUAUCGAGUAUUGGAGGAAGUAUCUAGGUGGCUGUGGCCCCUGCAUAUUUCCGCGGCUGCGCGACACCUCAUUAUCUCCCGGGGACGCCACAGAACUGCAACAGACUCAUGUGACACUGAGAGACAUACCUAAGAUCUAUGAAUUCUGUGCCGAUACAGGGUUCACAAUAUCGAAUGUCCUUCACCUUGCUUGGGGACUAGUACUGCGAGCUUACACAGGGCUGGACUCGGUGUGCUUUGGUUACCUAGCGUCGGGGCGAGGAGCUCCGGUAUCUGGAAUAGAAGACGCCGUGGGCCCAUACAUAAACAUGCUAAUCUGUCGGUUGGAUUUCAAUGGGUUCAAGACACCCUCGCAGAUACUGAGUAAGCUCCAAGUGGAUUGUGCAGCGGGGCUGACUCACCACCAUUUCUCUUUAUCCGACCUUUUUCACUCAAUGGGCCUCGCAGAAAGGUCGAUGUUCAACACAUGUAUGACUUUCUCCUCGGAGGAACGUGAAGACAAAGAUUUGGGAGAAGGGAGUUUAGUGAUUCAAGAGAUGGAAUCUUAUCUGCCGAGCGAGUACGAUGUCAUGAUCGAUUGUAGGAUGAAAGGCCGUCGUCUGACCGCGGCGCUGCGUUAUAGGAUGGCGGCUCUAUCCGAGAGACAAGCUACGGGAAUAGCACACACUUUGUACCAAGCGGUGAAUGGCAUUAUAGAAGGCGAAGAAAUUGGCAGAGUAUCACUGUUAAGCGAACUAGACAAAAAGCAGCUAAGACAGUGGAAUGGAGAGGUGCCAGAGCGGACGGAGCGGUGCGUGCACGAGCUGAUUGAGGAACAGUGCCGAGCUCAGCCGGCGGCGCCGGCAGUGUGCGCGUGGGAUGGUGACUUGACAUAUGGCGAGCUGGACGCACUGUCUUCGGCGCUGGCAGCGCAUUUAGUAGAGCACGGGGUAAGACCCGAGGUGUUCGUGCCGCUAUGUUUUGAAAAGUCGAGGUGGACGACAGUGGCAAUACUUGGGGUGGUAAAGGCGGGCGGUGCGUUUGUGUUGUUGGACCCAUCGCAUCCGCAGGUGCGACUACAGACGAUCUGCCGAGACGUGUCGGCUGAGCUAGUUGUGGCAUCAGCGCACAGCAAGGCUAUAGCGGUGGAAUUGGUAGCCGAGCUGGCAGCGCAGGUGGUAGUGGUAGGCGACCACGAGACAGCAUGGCGGAAGGAGACCACCAGCUGGGCAGGCUCUACAGUGGUGCCCGACAAUGCGCUUUACGCCGUAUUUACCUCUGGCUCCACUGGCUCUCCCAAAGGAGUCGUCAUUUCCCAUAGUGCUUACUCCACAAGUGCUCUGUUCCACGGUCAACAUCUGUCCCUGUCCAGCCGGUCAAGAGUACUUCAGUUUGUUUCGUACGGAUUUGAUGUCAGCAUUGCUGACUCGCUAACCACCUUAAUAUUUGGCGCGUCAGUUUGUGUUCCCUCUGACACAGAACGAAGAAAUGACUUGGCCCUGAUAAUCACGAACUACCAGGUGAACUGGGCGCAUCUUACCCCUUCACUGAUCAAGGUUCUAGAGCCAGAAACUGUGCCGAGCUUACAAACCCUGGCUCUGAUAGGGGAGCAGAUGUCGAAGGCAGACGUUGAGGUUUGGGCUUCCCAGGUACAGCUAAUAAAUUCCUACGGGCCGGCAGAGUGCAGUGUUGUCUGUACUGCAUUAUCAAGCAUGAAGCCGGGUACGGACCCUCGGAAUAUCGGGUACGCAACAGGCUGUGUGCCAUGGGUAGUAGACAUGCAAAGCCAUGAGAGAUUAGUCCCGGUCGGAGUAGUGGGCGAGCUGCUGAUUGAGGGCCCGAUUGUUGGGCGUGGCUACAUCAACGACCCAGAGCGGACAAAGGCGGUUUUCAUCGACCCGCCGGCCUGGAUGCGCCAGUUCCGUGGGAGGAACGUUGGCGGACGGUUGUAUAAGACAGGCGAUCUAGUGCAGUACGCAGAGGACGGGUCACUGCGCUUUGUCGGGCGCAAGGACACACAGGUCAAGCUCCGCGGCCAGCGCAUCGAGUUAGGUGAAGUGGAGCACCACGUGCAGCGGUGCUUCCCGCAGGCGCGCGACGUGGUGGCCGAGGUAGUCACGCCGACGGAGGUCGGGCGCCCGCCGCUGCUAGUGGCCUUUGUCUGGGCAGACAGGCUACAUCAAGAACCGCCAGGCAAUACCACCUCAAACAGUGAUACAGAAGAUAUCCUAGCUGCGCCUACCAAUUCCUUCCGCGCGGAUAUCCCUAUUGCCAAGGCUCAUCUCUAUAAUGCCGUGCCAGCCUAUAUAGUGCCGGAGCUUUUUCUUCCCUUGGCAGCCGUGCCGCUGACAGCUACCGGCAAAACUGAUCGUCGCCGGCUGCGAAACCGAGCCGCCAGCCUGUCUCGAGCCGAGAUUGAGGCAUACCACAGCCUUGUAGUAGCCAAGCGCGCCCCUGCCACUCAAAUGGAGCAGACACUGCAGCAGCUAUGGGCGCAGGUAUUGAAUAUCGCGCCCCAUACUAUUGGCACGGAUGACAACUUCUUCCAUCUUGGUGGUGACUCGAUCUCGGCGAUGAAGCUUGUUAGCGUUGUCCGCGAAGGAGGUCUCUCACUUACCGUGGCCGAUGUGUUUUACCAGCCGAGGCUGUCGGAUUUGACACGUAUUGCCCAGUCAACGUCGGGCACGCCUUCGCACGUCUCCAAUCUUCCGUCCCCGUUCUCUUUACUCGAACACGGUGCCGUGCACGAUGCUGUCGUUCAACUGGCCAUCAACCAAUGCCAGGUAUGCCAAGACCAAAUUACCGACAUUUACCCCUGCACCGCCCUGCAGGAGGGUCUCAUUGCCCUCACAGCCAAGACAGCAAGAGCCUAUAUUGCCCACUUCUCUUAUCGCAUCCCGACUGAUACCGAGCUGGUUCACUUCCGAGCUUCAUGGAACGCGGUCGCUAUUGCCAAUCCCAUUCUCAGUACGAGGAUCAUCUCGCGCGACCCACUGGGAAGCUUCCAGGUAGUUGUACCGGGCGAGCUUCCGUGGGUGCUCUACGACGAUGAGGAAGCAUAUAUGGCAAAAGCCACGCCAUCAUUGGGGCUAGGCAAACCCCUAGUCCGGGCGGCCGUCGUCAUGAGCCAAAGCUCGAAGAAGGGACCACGGUUCAUACUCACGAUGCAUCACGGGUUGUACGAUGCCUGGUCUCUGCCGCUUCUUCUGGUGCAGGCUGCAGCGGCCAUCCAGGGCGAGCUGUUGAAAUCGCGACCUUUUAGCCCGUUUAUAGCGUACCUCUGCGACUCAACGUCUGAUGCGGAGGGAUUCUGGCGGUCACAAUUUACCGAGCUGGAAGUUUCGUGUUUCCCACCGCUGCCGACGCCGGCGUACAAUCCGAAUCCAACCAUGUCCGCCACGCAUACGAUAAGCUUGCCAAACGGCCCGGUGGACGGUUUUACAGUGACCACCAAGCUCCGGCUGGCCUGGGCUUUGACCCUUUCCCAAUAUUCCAACACCAGCGACGUCGUUUUUGGACUGACUGUCACGGGGCGUGGGGCGCCGGUGACGGGCAUUGGGCAGAUGACCGGACCGACCAUCGCUACCGUCCCUCUUCGCGUCCGGCUGGACCGGAAUGCCACAGUAACCCAGGCCCUCCAGCGAGUCCAGGAUCAAUCAAUCGAGAUGCUGGCGUUUGAGCAGACUGGCCUGCAGAAUAUUCGCCGUCUAAGCGACGAGGCGGCGGACGCAUGCCGGUUCCAAAACCUGCUGGUUAUCCUACAGCGCCAAAGAGAUCACAUACCAGACCUGUUUACGGAACCGGAUGUCCUCGCUGAGCAAGACGCAUUCACGACCUACGCACUUACUAUGCUGUGUGAAUACGAGAGCGGCUCGGUGAGCGUACAGGCGACAUAUGAUCCGCAGAUGAUUGCGCCCACAGAAGUGCAGCGAAUACUUUACCAACUGGCGCAUAUGAUGGGACAGAUUUAUCAGCAACCGAAUAAGUUGAUCGGAGACCUGAGUAGGGUAAGCCGCGAGGAUUGGAGGCAACUGAAGGAGUGGAAUGGAGAGGUACCAGAGCGGACGGAGCGGUGCGUGCACGAGCUGAUUGAGGAACAGUGCCGAGCCCGGCCGGCGGCGCUGGCAGUGUGCGCGUGGGAUGGUGACUUGACAUAUGGCGAGCUGGAUGCACUGUCUUCAGCGUUGGCAGCGCAUUUAGUCGAGCACGGGGUAAGACCCGAGGUGUUCGUGCCGCUAUGUUUUGAAAAGUCGCGGUGGACGACAGUGGCAAUGCUUGGGGUGGUAAAGGCUGGCGGAGCAUUUGUGCUGCUAGACCCAUCACAUCCGCUGGCGCGGCUGCAGGCGAUCUGCCGGGAUGUUUCGGCUGAGCUAAUCGUGGCAUCGGCGCACAACAAGGCAAUGGCGGCGCAUCUAGUGGCUGACCGUCCAGUAACUGUGGUGUCUGUCGGGACUAAUGACACUACAUGGCAAGACAGGAGCAGCCUGAUUGUUCCAUCCUCCGUUAGCCCAGAGAGCGCGUUGUAUGCCGUGUUUACCUCUGGCUCCACUGGUACUCCUAAAGGAGUUGUUAUCCUGCAUGCUAGCUUUUGCUCCAGCAUGCUACCAUAUACAGGCGCUCUCCGCCUUACAGGUCAAUCGCGUGUCCUCCAGUUCUCGUCAUACGCCUUUGAUAUUAGCAUUCUGGAUGUCUUCAUGUCACUUACAGUUGGCGCAUGCGUCUGCAUUCCUUUUGAAUCCUCCCAGCAGACUGAUAUAAAUGCGGCCAUAGGGACAUACCAGAUCAGUUGUGCUAACAUUACUCCAUCCUUGUUGAGCAUGUUGACGCACGAGAGCCUUCGGAUAUUACACAUAGUGGCUGUUGGAGGUGAAACUGUCUCCACUGCUGCAGUGAAAAGCUGCAGCCCACAUGUUCGACUGAUAAAUGCCUAUGGGCCUGCAGAAUGCUCUGUAUCAGCCGCUGUUCAGACAAGGAUGAAUGAACGCUCAGAUCGGGGGAAUAUCGGCCAUGCGAUAGGAUGCGUAUGCUGGGUUGUGGAUUGCGAGAGCCAUGAGAGAUUGGCACCGAUCGGAGCCGUGGGUGAGCUGCUGAUUGAGGGACCAAUUAUCGGGCGUGGCUACCUCAACGACCCAGAGCGAACAAAGGCGGUUUUCAUCGACCCGCCGGCCUGGAUGCGCCAGUUCCGUGGGAGGAACGUUGGCGGACGGUUGUAUAAGACAGGCGAUCUAGUGCAGUACGCAGAGGACGGGUCACUGCGCUUUGUUGGGCGCAAGGACACACAGGUCAAGCUCCGCGGCCAGCGCAUCGAGUUAGGUGAAGUGGAACACCACGUGCAGCGGUGCUUCCCGCAGGCGCGCGACGUGGUGGCCGAGGUAGUCACGCCGACGGAGGUCGGGCGCCCGCCGCUGCUAGUGGCCUUUGUCUGGGCAGACAGGCUACAUCAAGAACCGCCAGGCAAUGCCACCUCAAACAGUGAUACAGAAGAUAUCCUAGCUGCGCCUACCAAUUCCUUCCGCGCGGAUAUCCCUAUUGCCAAGGCUCAUCUCUAUAAUGCCGUGCCAGCCUACAUAGUGCCGGAGCUUUUUCUUCCCUUGGCAGCCGUGCCGCUGACAGCUACCGGCAAAACUGAUCGUCGCCGGCUGCGAAACCGGGCCGCCGGCCUGUCUCGAGCCGAGAUUGAGGCAUACCACAGCCUUGUAGUAGCCAAGCGCGCCCCUGCCACUCAAAUGGAGCAGACACUGCAGCAGCUAUGGGCGCAGGUAUUGAAUAUCGCGCCCCAUACUAUUGGCGCGGAUGACAACUUCUUCCAUCUUGGUGGUGACUCGAUCUCAGCGAUGAAGCUCAUCAGCGUCACCCGCAAACGCGGGCUAGCCCUUACCGUAGCUGACGUCUUCCAGUGGCCAACUCUUGCCCAACAGGCCACAUCAAAAAUUCGCAUUCCUUCUGCUUCCCUCUGA